CCGUAGGCCUGCGACGCGUCCCACAGCAUGACGCCGCCGAAACUGGAGUACUGCUGCCGCACAGCCAGCGCGAUGGACCCCAGUGCCGCCGCCGACACGUAGCCGUUGUUGGCGGCGCGCGGCGCGGCUGGUGCGCCGAUGAAGACCUUGACGUCGGGGUUGGGCGAGACCGUCUUCGCCCAGGUGUCCCAGCUCCCGAAGUCCCAUUGCUGUCGGCGCGGAGUGGUUCGUCAUCUGGAUGCACCGGGAUGCGGUGGACGGACGACUUACGGUGGGAUAGGCAGUUAACUCGCUGUAUCAACAUGUAUCCCCGACUGACCGACGCACCUGCACAAAUACAGCAUCAAAGGACGCGGCAUUCAAGGCACCGCCGAUGUACGCAUCGGGAUACGGGCACUGCGGCGCCGCGGUCACGUAGUAGCGCUUGCUCGCACCCUGGGCCAGGGCCCGGAUCUGGUUCACGAACGCGGCAAAUCCCGUCGGACCGCCACCCUCGAUGUCGAGGUCGACGCUGCAUCGGGGUGAGAUUGGGUGCCGGGAGGGGCGGGCCGCUUACCCGUCGAGGACUGCGGUCCCGAAUGGACGCGUGCUGCUGCUGCCGCCGAGAAACAGGUCCCAGAUCGUGUUCGCAAAUGCGGUGCCCUGGGCAUCCGAGCUGAACGACGCGGCGCCGCUUGCGCCUCCUAUACUGAGCGUGACGAUCUUCCCUCUGGCCUGGCACGCCUCGAUCCCCGCCGCCAAGAACUGGCAGUCGGCCAGGCCUGUGCCGGCGAAGGUGCCGCCCGUCGCGCUGCAGAUCUUCGCACAGUGAGAUAAGAUAAGAUGCAUCUGAGAUCAUGGGAUCAAACGACAACGGACAUUGGCGAGGUUGAGAUCGGGCAGCCCGCCGGUCGAGACGAACACGUCGAGGAAGGCGAUGGGGAUGAUGUCGAUGACGUCGUCCUGGCAGUACGACGAGAUCGUCUGCUGCCAUUGCGACGGAUUUCCGGGGUUGGUCACGCCAUACG